AAUAGAGUAAAAUAAAUGUAAUAGUAGCAUUAAUAAUAUACAAAAAUAGAGAAAACAUAAUAAAUAUAAUAAUACCAAUAAUAUAUUCUCGAGUAUAAACUGACCCAAAUACAAGCCAACCAGGACCCUCACCCGAGUAUAAGCUGAGGGGGGGGGGGGCUUUUUCAGUCUUAAAAAAAGGGCCGAAAAACUAGGCUUAUACUCGAGUAUAUACAGUACAUUUCUGCACUUAGCGCAAGGGCAGAUUUCCACUGUUUCAGUGAUCUGAAUCAUGCUACCCUUUCGAUAGCCUUGGAUUACAAUUCCCAGCAGCCUUAGGCAACAUAGGCAAUGGUGGGGAUGCUGGAAGUUGCAAUCCAAAACCAACUGGAGGGCCAUAUGCCAGCACUAGUUCAGUGAGACCAUGUUCUACAUUAUUUGAUUUUCUUUCUUUCAGCAUUCACACCCAUACAUAAAAACUAGAAAUUAAAAUGGCCUGAGUGAAUUCUCACAUUAGGUAUUUAAUGAGAAGUCUUUACACUUGAGAAUUGUAGUUAAUUCCUUCAAGGCUGCCUUUGCAAUUAAUAGUCAUCAUCUGAUUUCCUGACUGCCGUCUCCAUUUCGCUUAAUGACUCUGAACCUAGGGGAGCUGAUCACAGCCGCCUAUGAGCUUGGAGUUGCUCAUCCCCCAGGCUAUCCGCUCUUCACUCUCCUGGCGAAAUCGGCCAUUGCGCUCCUGCCUUUUGGGUCCGUUGCCUAUCGAGUCAAUCUCCUCUGCGCCUUGUUGGGAGCAGCUGCCGCCUCGUUUCUCUUUGACACAAUUGUCAGGCUUUCUGGCAGCCGUGCCGCAGGAAUCUUUGCUGUGGGGAUGUUUGCGUUCUCUCGCCUCACAUGGCAGUGGUCCACCUCCGCCGAGGUUUUCAGCUUAAACAAUCUGUGUGUCGGGCUGCUCCUGGCUCUCUCUGCCCGUUUCCAGGAGGCAGCGUCCGCCAAGGAGAGAUCAAAGGUCUGCAAAAUGGGUGCUUUCUGUUGUGGGCUGAGCUUGUGCAACCAGCAUACCAUUGUGAUCUACGUGGUUUGCAUUGUGCUGUGGGUUUCCUUCCGCUUGUUCAGGGAGAGGGAAUUGACUCUGGGCUGCAUGUUGAAGUUGGGGCUUUGCUUCUUGGCUGGUUGCCUGCCGUAUGUCUACUUGCCGGCCUCAUCUUUCCUCAACAAAGCCCGUUGGACGUGGGGAGACCAGACCCACCUGAAGGGAUUCAUGACCCACCUUCUCCGGGAAGAAUAUGGGACGUUCAGUUUGGCAAAAUUGGAAAAUGGAUCCAGUAUGGCUGACAUAUUGCAUUUCCAGGUGGCCCACAUGAAGGUGGAAUUCUCCUUCUUAGUCCCAGCCCUUGCAGUUGCAGCAGUUUUGCAUUCGGCACUCAGGCCAAAAGUUGGGAAGCAGCAUUUGGUCUGGCUUUUUACAUUGAUGCUCUUGGCGUAUUCACUUUUCUUUGCUUGGAGGGCUAACCUUGAUAUUUCAAAGCCUCUGUUUAAGGGAGUGGUUGAGCGAUUCUGGAUGCAGAGUAAUGCAGUACUGGCAGUUUUGGCUGGUCUUGGCUUCUCCUGUCUCUUCUCUCUGGGCGAAAGUUUAGUUGAAACCAACCGGCUGAUUCACAGCCUGGAAUGGCUCUUGGCCACUCUGCUUGUCACAAUGCAAAUCUACUCCAAUUACAGUGUCUGCGACCAAAGCCACAACUAUGUUGUUGACCGCUUUGCAAGAAACCUUUUGUCCUCCAUGCCCCCAGAUGCCAUCGUCCUGCUGCGAGGAGACCUGCCGGGGAAUUCUCUUCGUUACCUUCAUUAUUGUGAAGGAAUGAGGCCAGAUGUCACCUUAGUUGAUCAGGAGAUGAUGACUUACCAUUGGUACUUGCCAAAGUUAGCAAAACAUUUGCCUGGUGUUGUUUUCCCCGGAGACCGUUGGAAUCCUACGGAAGCGUUGUUACCUGAUGGAACAAUCACAUUUAACCUUCAUCAUUUGCUCAAGGUAAAUAAACACAAAGAAUCCUUUGUCUGCAUUGGGCUCCAUGAAGGUGACCCCACCUGGAAGAAAGACUAUGUCCUUUGGCCGUGGGGCUCCUGCGACAAACUUGUGUCUUCCAGAGCCCCCUUUGACCCCGGAGAGUGGAUCAGUCUCACCAGAAAUCUCUACAACUGGAGCGAGGAGUAUGGCAGGUUUGAUGCGACUUCGUGGGAAGCAGUAGCCAACGAGGAGAUGUGGCAAGCCAGGAUGAAAACAGCCUUCUUCAUUUUCGACCUUGCAGAAAUGGCUUCUGUCUCUGCAGAUGUGAAAUCCCAGCUUUACAUGUUUGCUUACAGCAUGUACAAGGAGAUCGUAAGUGCUCAUGGAUCCCACCCAGUGAACUGGCACAAAAACUAUGCCAUCGCUUGCGAAAGGAUGCUGCGUUUGCACCCACCGAGGGAAGACCCGGAAGUCCUGCUCUUGGAAACCAUCAAACAUUUCCUCCUUUAUACGGAGAAAGCCGCAGACGAUCCCCAGCAAGGGCAGAUUUUGCAAGCUGUAAAACAUCUGAAGAAGGAACUCCGGGAACUGAGAAAAAUAAAGAGAAGAGAGCACAAGCACUAGGCACAGGACAGCCUUGCGACCCUUCGCUUUCAGUAUGUGGAAUGGAAAACUGAAUGGGCUUUGAAGAGCUCAUAGGAAAGAUCACAUUGGAGUGGAUGGAAAUCCAGUAGGAAGAUAUUCUCUAGGGUAAAUCUACACUGUAGAAUGAAUACAGUUUGACAUCACUUGAACUGCCAUGGCUCAAUCCUGGGAGUCAUUCCUUGGAGAGGCACGAGCAAUCUGGAGAAGUCUAAAGGCCUGGAGAUACUACAUAGCCUAAAUCAUCGCAGUUAAAGUGGUGUCACUGCAUUUAUUCUACAGUGUAGAUGUACCUAUAGAUGGAAGCGAAGCUAACGUGUUUGGUUAUAUGGAGUUUUGUUUUUAAGAGGAAAAGAGAAAAAUGUAAAGUGUUUAAAUGGCAGAGGUAUAUAUAGGGAUGCAUCAGAAAGAGGACAAAGGUUUUACUUUUUCUCAGUAGACUUUGAGCCAGCCAGUGAAUGUAAUGGGCCAGUUUGGGUCAAAUAAAAGUAGUAUUAGGUGUAGAAUUAAUGCAGUUUGAUGCUACUUGAACUGCCAUGGCUCGAUGCUAUGAUACCUUGGGAAUUGUAGUUCUAAAAACACUAUAGCUUUUGCCAGAAUGCUGUGCCUCUCACCAAACAACAACUCCCAUUAUUCCAUAGCAUUGAGGAUGUCUGGUUUCUGGGUUGCUGUCCCCCCGCCACACUUGAAAGCCAUGGACAGCUUGGGACCAGAUUACUUGAAGGACCAACAUCUCCUAGGAGCAUGAAGCAGUGAGAGUCACCAUGGAGUAGUGCAGUUGUGCCCAUUUGCAAUUUGCCCCCAACGGGUUGCAUUUCCACAUUUCCGUUCACCAGAAAUGAUUUUGUGCCACUCCCAGCUUCUGUUACAGCAGAUCUUCACCAUGUUUUGAAGAGGAGGUUGGGAAUUCUGAGCGAAGGAGUAAACUUAUUUGUUUGCAUCCAGUUUUGAGUCAGUUUAGCCUUUUAAGGUGCACCCUACAAGAGAUGAUCAAAAAUAUAUAUCGUAUAUACUCAUGUAGAAUUCAACCUUGUGUAUAAGUCGAGGAGCAGAUUUUGGACCAAAAUUAUGGAUUUUACUAUAGCCUGUGAACAAGUCAAUGGUCAUUCGGCAAAGAAGAGAAAAGGCCAUUGCUGCCUGAGUAUGCAUUCAACAAAGGUCAGAUGCAACACUACGAUGAAGAGAGUAGAGGGGCUUUUUUUUAGGUUCUUCUAGUGUACACUAAGUUCGUGCCUUUUGCCUCUGUACUCAGAGAAGAGGAUGGCUCCUUUUCUUAGAUAAUUUAAGGCACAGUACUCCCAUUGACCCGUGGAUAAAUCAAAGUAGUUUUUGGGGGUUGGGUUUUUUACUACCAUUUCUAGACUUAUAGUAAAGGUAAAGGUUUUCCCCUGACAUUAAGUCUAGUCAUGUCCGACUCUGGGGGUUCUUGCUCAUCUCCAUUUCUAAGCCGUUGUCCAUAGAUGCCUCCAAGGUCAUGUGGCUGACGUGACUGCAUGGAGCACCGUUACCUUUUCACUGGAGCGGUGAUCUACUCAUUUGCAUGUUUUUGAACUGCUAGGUUGGCAGAAGCUGGGGCUAACAGUGGGAGCUCACCUUGCUCCCUGGAUUUGAACUGCUGACCUUUCAAUCACAAGUUCAGCAACUCAAUGGUUUAACCGGCUGCAUCACCAGGGACAUAAUACAUUACUUAUACAUAAGUAUAUAAGGUAGUCCCAGGGGCUUCAGGGGCCAUAUUUGGUAGUCCCAAGAUCUGCAUGUGUCUGAUCUUGGGACUACCUGAAUGUGUUGGAUUUGGGCCUAAGAGAUCCACGUUAAGCCAUGAAAACUCAGUAGAAGACUUAUGGGCCAAUCACAUAUUCUCGCACAUAUACAACCUUAUCUACCUCCCAAGGUUGUUGUGUGGAAGGAGCAUGGAGGAGAAAGAUUUGCUUUGGAGUUCACAGAAAGAAAUUCAGAAUAGAAAUAGAAUAGACAGAUCAACAAUAUAUUUUCGAAACCGUCUUAUUCUGCCUGCCUGUUAAGCAGAGGGAAAAAAUAGAAAAGUUCCUUUUUAUACCGAUUCAACAGACUUCCCAGGAUAUUGCUUACGCUGGCUCAGUAUUUCUGAGAACUCUUGUCUAAAAUCAGUUAACUAUUACAUGCACCAAGUAGGGAUAUAAUCAGUAAAGGUGCAUUUACAUUGUAGGAUUAAUGCAUCUGAGACCAUUUUAACUAUAAUGGCUCAAUGCAAAGGAAUCCUGGGAGUUGUAGUUUUAGAAGGUCUUUCGCCCUCUCUGCCAAAGAGUGUUGGUGCCUCAAACUACAACUCCCAUUAUUCCAUGGCAUUGCACCAUGGCAGUUAAAGUGGUGCCAAACUGCAUUAAGUCUACGGUGUAGAUUCACCAUAAGUAAGAAAGACAUCUCUGAAAGUUUUGUUCCUGUGCAAACUAUUUUAUUUGAAGUUUUCCUUAUCCCGGAAUAACUCCUUGGAAUUCCUUCUCGUUGCCAAGAGCUUUUCAUUCCUACUUCCCUGGUCAUUUCAAAUUGAUCAUGCGCUUUCAGAAAUGAAUUGUAUUACUACUUGCCGAUCUGUUUGUGUUAUCCUAGAAUUAGCUGACAGCCACCAGCAGUAAACAAACAGUUGUUGUUUCCAGGACACAGAUUCAGCAGAGGUUAAAUGGCAAGAAAUAGGAAUGUUUGUACCAAAAUACUAUUGUUCUAAUGUUAAACCUGUGUAAUAUUGCUAAAACCCGUUACCACUUUGAUUGCAAUUCCUCCUUUUGCAUUUUUCCUCCUAGACCCAAGUACUGUUCCCAAUCAAAACACAAAAACAAAACAAAUCUAGAAGCAGGCACUGCUUCAGAAAUUGCCUUUCAUCACUUUCCACUUAACCCUUUUUCUGAAACAGUGCCUGAAUCAAGAUUUUUUUCAGGGAAAAUUGUGCCUGAAGGUGCAUUUACACUGUAGAACUAAUGUAGUUUGAGUCCACUUUAACUGCUAUGGUGCUCAAUGCUCUGAAAACCUGGGAAUUGUAGUUUUGGUCAGGCACCAGUACUAUAGUCAGUCCUCCACAUUUGUGGUUUUGACUUCUGCAGGUUUAAUUAAUCAUGGGUUUGAUUUUAAAAUGUUAUCUUGAGGCAUCUCUAGGUCCUGCAGUGAUAUUCUAUGGCUGGAAAACUAGAAAUUCCUAGAAAUUGGGUAAUAAAAUAGCAAUUUCUUUAUUUGUGGUUUUUCCCGUAUGCCAUGGUCCUUUGCCCCAAUCCAAUCAAAUAUGGGGUAUUUGGAAGAGAAGGUUGCAUGCUGCAAGUUGCUUCUGGUGUGAGAGAAUCAGCUGUCUACAAAGACGUUGCCCAGGGGAUGCCCAAAUGUGUUACUAUCCAGCGGGGAGCCUUCUCUUAUGUCCCCCAGAAGAGAAGGUGAAAUACCUUGCAAAACUACAACUCCUAGGAUUCCAUAGUACUUAGCCGUGGCAGUUAAAGUCAUGUCAAACUACAUUAAUUUUACAGCUCAGAUGCACCCUGAGUCCAAGAGGAAGAACACAAGGGAAAUAGGGAUAUUUUCCAAACUGGAAACUUGGACGAGCCCUACUUUGAACUUGUAUUAUAUUCCACCUUUUGUUGUUGUUGUUGUUGUUGUUGCCGUCAUCAUCAUCAUCACCAUCUGAAGCUAAUGGAAGGCAGAAAUCAUUGCUUCCAGAUAGUUCACAGGAACAGAUGGACAAGAGAGAGGGACUCUUCGAAUGUUUUUAGGGAUGCUCCAAAUUUGAUGCCUUUUAUAUUUGUUUUUAUUGUUUUUAUUUGUUUUUAUGUAUAUGGUGGGACUUUUUAAAUUUUUUAAACAGCAACAACAACCAUGUAAUUCAUUACCAGCUGUAUGAAUUUCUGCACCGUAUCAUAAAAAUGCCUCAAAUAAACAAAAGAAUCUUUUAA